CGUGCCUGUCUCCGAAUGGCAGUGUGCUCCUUUUCCCCCAUGGUCAGUGCGGCGCUGCGGGCGCCGCCGGAGUCUCGGUUCCUGCACUUCGCCAUGAUGAACAAAUGAACUCGCGGGGAAUGAAAUUUAAAUUCCACAAAGGGGAGAAAGUUCUCUGCUUUGAACCAGACCCGACCAAGGCCAAAGUGCUGUACGAUGCAAAGGUUGUUGAUAUAAUUGUUAGCAAAGAUGACAAGGGCAGAAAAAACCCAGAAUAUCUGAUCCAUUUCAAUGGUUGGAAUAGAAGCUGGGAUAGAUGGGCAGCAGAAGAUCAUGUUCUUCGUGAUACUGAUGAAAAUCGGAGAUUGCAAAGAAAAUUGGCAAGGAAAGCGGUAGCUCGCAUGAGAAGAAAGGGCAGGAAGAAGAGGAGGUGCAGAUUACCUGGUGUAGACUCUGUUUUAAAAAGCCUUACUACUAAUGAAAAAGAGGACAAUGAUGACAACACACUAAGUAGUUCAUCGGAGGACAGUGACGAAGGAACUGAUGAGGAAAUAAAAAGUGAAGAAAGUGAUUUUGAAGAAAAGGCUGAAAUGAAAGAAGAACAAGACGUUCACUCUAAACGUGACAUGGAAGAAAAGAAUAUUGUCAUUGAAAUUCCUGAUGUUUUGAAGAAGAAACUUGAAGAGGAUUGCUACUACAUAAAUAAGCGCAAAAGGCUUGUAAAACUACCUUGCCAGACUAACAUAAUUACUAUUCUGGAAUCCUAUGUCAAGCACUUUGCCAUCAAUGCUGCAUUUUCAGCAAAUGAGAGAUUCCGGCAUCAUCAGACAUCUUCAAAUGUCAACAUGAAUCUUCACUAUGUGCCACCUGAAAAAAAUGUUGAACUUUGUAAAGAAAUGGUGGAUGGCUUACGGAUUACUUUUGAUUUCACUCUACCCCUUAUUCUUCUGUACCCAUAUGAACAAGCUCAAUUUAAGAAGGUGACAUCAACUAAAUUUUUUCUUCCUAUUAAAGAAACUACUUGUUUUGGCAAUAGAAAUCAAGAUGAGGUAUCCCCAAGUCCUCCUCUCCUAAACCCACCAACGCCACAGUCAACAGACAGUCAGCAAACCACAGGAGAGCCAGCUACUCCUAAAAGACGAAGAACUGAAUCCGAUCUUUUGCUAUCUCUUAGGCGCUCUACGCGUCACAGUACAAGCUGUGAUCGGAUGUCUGAAAGUAGCGCUUCUCCUCAGCCCAAGCGACGACAUCCAGACACCCCUACAUCCAUGCCAAAGCUGUUUUUACAUUUGGAAAAAAAAACACCUGUUCACAGUGGAUCAUCUUCACCUAUUACUUUAACGCCUAGCAAAGAAGGAAGUUCAGUAUUGUCUGGUUUUGAAGGUCGGCGAAACAAUGAACUUAAUGAGGUAUUGUCUUGGAAACUAAUGCCUGAAAAUUACCCUCAAAGUGAUCAGCCUCCUCCUCCGUCUUAUAUUUAUGGAUCUCAGCAUCUACUUCGAUUAUUCGUUAAACUUCCAGAAAUAAUGGGAAGGAUGUCUUUUGCAGAGAAGAACCUGAAAGCUUUGUUGAAACACUUUGAGCUGUUCCUACGAUUCCUUGCAGAAUAUCACGAAGAUUUCUUUCCAGAAUCUGCUUAUGUAGCUGCCUGUGAGGCAUAUUAUAGCACCAAGAACCCACGUGCUAUUUACUGAACAUGCCAACAGCUCUCAAUUUUCUUUGUUUUUAUGAAAUGAACUUCUAGAUGCAACAUAAAUUCCAUAAUCUUUUUUAUUUUUUUGUUCUAAAUUAACCCAAGACACAGUUGGGAAAGCAGAGGAAGAAAAAAUAUAUUGACUGUAAAGUAUUACAUUCCUCACAUUAAUGCUUGCAGUUUAUGCGCUAAAAAAAAAGUCAGUUUUAUUUUUUUAAUAUAUGUAUAAAGGUUUAUGUUGUCUUGUCUUAUUGCAUUUGUAAAACAUGCAUUUGUUUACUGCUGUCUUACAUAGUUCAUAGCAUGAGCGUGAAAUUGAGUCUCUUUAGUCCUCUUGAAUUUCAAAAUAGAUAUAGAUGGCCUUAUGGUGUUGGUGAACCUGUUGAAUGACCUUUUAUGUGGACAUGUUUUCAGAUUA